AUGUCCGGGGUUUUGUUUGAAAAUCUGUUUGUUGUCGAUUCCACGGAUCCAGGACGUUACAACAAAGUCACCAGGAUAACGGGCCACACCACGAAUGCCUCCAAGGAGUCGGAGCUCGUCAACAUCACCCUAGACAUAAAUAGCGAGCUAUUCCCCGUGAAAAGUAAUGACUCCUUAGCUAUAGCCUUGGCGUCGUCGCUAGGCAACGACAGCUCGAUGUUGACCUCGAAUGGCUCGUGGAGACCGCCACGACCCGAGGAUAAAAAAUCGUUGGCUGACGAAUACGACUAUGUCAUGUAUGGCACUGUUUACAAGUUUGAAGAGAACGCUGAUCGUGAAAAGAUGUCGGUUUACAUUUCAUUUGGUGGGUUGUUGAUGAGACUAGAAGGAGAUUAUCGUUCGUUGAGCAAUUUGAAGCAGGAAAACGCUUACAUUUUGAUCCGUCAUUCAUCGUGA